AUGUCGUAUUUUGAGCCAGGAACCAUCCUCUGGCUACCAAAACGACGAGAUAUUUUAUGCAGCUACCUUGAAUCCACCAACACUGUACCAAACCGCUGCUUCGGCCACCCCGUUCUUGUACUUGGUGUGAACUCUUCAAACAAUUCCGUUUAUAUUUUAAUCCAUGAGAUCACUUCUUUUGCGUGCUCGAACGACAUUGCCGAAAUACGCACCAAAGUAUUCCGCCGAGGCCAUGAUCUAGACGACUAUCUACCCAUCCACCCUGCCGCUCGUUUUACCCACAGCGUCCCUACGCUGCACCUUUUUCCAUCCCAGGAAUUGGCUCGGAAUAAUUGGGUGCACGUCAGAGAACCAUAUCGCUGCCCCAAGGCUUGGGUAGAACAAACAUGGGAUGAGAACUGGGUCAGACCACAUCUAAGUCGGAGGAUCGAGACCAGUUCCGUACAUGCACUGGCCCGGUAUGCCAUCUCACAGGGAUACAAGGCGCGGGUUUACAAAAAGCUGUUGGAGAAGCAUGCGUCCCCAGUCGAAGCUCGCUCGAGAGGCGGGGGCCCGGUCCACAUUUCCAUUCCUGACAACCUACAAGUUGGGGGAUUUACUCCCAGCUCGAUCUAUCCCCCGCCCAUAAUACCACACAAUUCCAGUUCUCGGAUCACCGCUGGUCAGUCUACACACAUCUUUAGCAGCUCUUACUCUUCGCAUCCUCGCAUCGCCCAAGACUAUGGAACAGUCGAAACGCCACGAAGGAGGCCAGGCGGAGAGCAGAUUCGCCCCUGUUUCGCGGUUUUCUUAACAUUCUUAUUUGCUGCUUUGAUAUUAUUAAUUGCGUAUGCCGCGUAUCUUUCAACGUUGGGCUCAUAA